UGUUAGGCAUGUAGUUUUACUUAUUUAUAGCUAAAAACAUGGGGAUUUAUAUCAACAAAGUUGGCCUUCUGUCUCAAAGAUGGAAUAUAGCUAAUAAACGGAUGCUGUUACUGCAUUUGCUUCAGAAUAGAUGGUCAUAUACAUCUUUGCACUUAAGAAGUUCUUGCCUCUCGGCAGCACCGGCAUUAACUUCAUGUGAGAAGGUCUUGUAUCUUCCAGAUAAUGAUACAAAUAUACCUAGGGAAAAGACAAGGAAAAUAUUGCCAGCUGAGCAAUAUUCUUCAGAAUUGCAAAAAUCAGAUAAAGUAAUAUAUAUCGGGAAUUAUAAAUUAAUAACUCUACCCUGUGAUAUGGGAACAAGAGUUAAGGACCUGUUGCCUUUGACAAAACCCCAUCUAGACAAUAAACUUUCCACCUCUACCAAUGAAGAAGUGCUUAUUAGCUUUGCCAAAAUUGCUUAUCAAAUACUCAAUGAUGAGAAUAGAAAAGAUGAACAUAUUCAAUGGAUAUCUGUGAAAUCGAAGCGACUAAUAAGCAGAUCAGAUAAAAAUAAAAGUAAUGAUAAUAAAGUUGUUGAACCGGCAGAUGACCCCAAGCAGAAGAUAAGAAAUUUGCACACAAAAUUACGCGAACAGCUACCAAUGUCGUUAACAAGAGGAAGUUCUUGGCAUGACUUUAGUAUUUACACACCUUCUAUUGAGCUGUUAAUCACAACACCGAGAAGACAAAAUAACCAGUUUGUACUUCGUGGUCUUUCUUCAUAUAAAAGAAUAGCUCGGUGCUUCAGAUUUAUAUGUCGGUUUUGCCUUCGAAGUCCCAGAUUAGAAGUUUUACACAUGUCCAGUUAUGAAGAAAGGAAAACAAUUGAAGUCCGAUGGAGAGUAGUUGGACUGCCAUUUUAUUUUCAAUUAUUUUAUUUUUUCUUACCAUCGGGUAUCGCCACUAAUCUUGUAAGAUAUUAUGAUUAUAUGUCAGUUCUAUAUGUCAAUGACUCAGGAAAAGUUUGGAGACAUGAUGUUAGCAAGAUGAGAAGAUCGUCAACUGAAUCGCUGGCGUCAUGGCUCCCCGCACUUCGAAAAAGACUCCAAGCAGCUUCACCAGUUAUGACAACUAUUGCGAGAAAAAAGUUUCCUGAUUAACUCCGAAAAUAGCGAUACUGAUCAUUUUUGUUCUCUACGAACUCAAUAGCACUUUCAUUCAACAUGACAUGCCCCUAUAAAUUACCUUCACAAGUUCCUGCUGUUCUAAUUUUUAUUGAAUAUUUAUCAACUUCAAUCAAGAUUGAAAAUGCAAAAAUAAAAUUUAAAGAAUUGCA